ACCUCCUCAUCUUCCUUGACGGCGACAAUCCGGAUCCCACGAUCAUUUGGCAGAUGUGCGAUCGUGUUCAAGAUCUCUAUACUAAAUCUGGAGGUGCGUACUCACCGCAUUCUUGGGGAGGCGUGUCCCCCACGAGCCUGAGCGAGGUACGGUGCCAUGUCCUCCAUCUAGCCUUAAAGGCCACCUCUUCACUCGGUUGUCCGGUCAUCCCUUGCCAGCAAUGGUCUCUACUGCGUAUGUCCCUACCCUCACGCUCACCGGAGGACAUUCUGAUACCGUCAACGCCCUCGCCUUCUCACCGGAUUGCAAGUACCUCGCAAGCGGAGGUGACGACGGAGCCGUUGUUAUCUGGGACGUCCGCUCCGGCGAUCUCAUAUAUCGCUUCACUGUCGAUGGUCAAGUUGAUAGCCUUCUGUGGCAUCCCAUACAGACAGAGACCAUUAUAAUCGGCUGCAACAGUGGUUCAAUCCGACAAUUACGCUACUUUUCGGCGAUAUCCAGUGAAGUCUACGAGAUUGACCUUGGAAGACAGCCAAACAUUGUCUACAGUAUGGACUAUAGCGCCGCCACAUCUUGCCUUGCCGCGAGUGUUGGGCUUGACGUGCUCAUUGCAAAGGAAACUACCCCUAAUAAAUAUAGUGUCAUCAUCCCGCUCCCUCAUCCUCAGGAGGGGGCCCAUCCAGCGCCCGAUAACGCAGUCGCUCUGAAGUUCGACAAGGAUGGACGGACCCUCGUCGCAACAUACUCGUCUCGCGGAAUAAUAUGCUGGGAUGUGCAUGCGCGGCAUCCACUUUGGCGUAUCGCCCCUCCCGAAGCAUAUCCCUCAAUGGGUCACUCGGCGAUCAAUCAAACGUCCCGAUUCAUUGCAGUUCAUAACGGUAGCGACGGUGUUCAUCUGUACUCGUUGGGCGGGCACGAUCAGAAGCCGCGACGUCUCUACAAGUUUGCCGAUACUCAGCCACUUCCUCGCAUUGCUGUUCAGGUGUCCUUCAUUCACGGAGAUCAGGCAAUCGUGUGCGGUACAUCAUCAGGGAAUGUCUGCAUAUGGCAGACGAAAUCUGGGGAACUGUUUCAAUCGCUGGGGCACCGAGAUGACAUCAUCAUGGCCGUGGCGGGUUGUCAAAGAGGCAACGUAUGCUAUCUUGCCACGGGAUCGGCGACAAGGGGUCCUGACACCUACAUUAAAAUAUGGCGCGCAAGAAUUGACGGGAUCGGCUUGCAACAAGUCCCUGAGUCGUUUUUCCAGGGAUUCAUACGGGGUCUUUCAUCUGACUCUGAUCGACUGAUCCCUACCGUGGAAGAGCUACAGGCGGUCUUUCGCACAAUCGUUGUUUUAACGAUUUCCCUCGGACUAUGUUGGGCUCUCCUCAAAGUCGGAUCUGUCGUUCCAUGGGCUGACUGCGGUCGCACCAUGCUUCACGCUGUUUACCUUGCUCAGCAUGCCCUUGGCCGCUGCUGGAUCUGGGGCCUGGACAUGGCCACAGGUGCCUAUUUGGUAGGCAAACGGGUGGUUUGCCAGAUGGUGGUCGUCGCGUCAGAGUGGGCGAGGGCUCAAGCGCUCAGGGCGCUCGGGCUUCCGUUGGACAUCAUGGACAGGCUGCCUCCGCCUCAGUAAGUGUCCUUAACGCGCGUACGUGAACAGGCGUCGUAUUUGCAUCCGUUAGCUUCACGGUAGAGAAUAUUAGAGUACGGUUGGCCGGGUUUUCAAUAUUGUAGACAUGCUGCUCCAUCCACAUAUCUUCGCCGCCUAUCUCCAACAGCGAAGACAACUUUCAGGCGUGCUUCUCUCA